UACGCGAGCAACGAAAGCACGAAAGUGUUGUUAUCGAACGCAGCUUGUUUAGCUGCUGAUCUUGAGGUGGUUGGUGCCCGAAGGUUUGGAAGUCGUGUAGUGCUUUUCCCCGAGUCUUAUCGUCGUGAUUUCGUUUGAAGGGUGCGAAAGAGCAAGUUUCGUUUCUUCUCUUUCGGUGCCGCACAUCCAACUAAAACGGGCCGUGAGCUACCGACCUCCUAAAAAGUGCCGGGUCCCAUAGUAUGAUCGCUCCCGUGCGGAGGCAGUAGUGAGGGACGAACUGUGACCAACGACUUCGACAAGAGGCGAUGGCUGUGGCAGCCAAUUCUUCGGGACGUAGCUACUCCUUCAAAGUGGUUCUUCUCGGCGAAGGAUGCGUCGGAAAAACCUCGCUCGUUCUCCGAUACGUCCAGAAUAAAUUCAACGACAAACACUUCUCAACUUUGCAGGCAUCUUUUCUAGAGAAGAAACUGAACAUAGCUGGGAAGCGAGUCCACCUUGCUAUCUGGGACACAGCGGGCCAGGAGAAGUUUCAUGCGCUGGGACCGAUCUACUACAGAGACAGCAAUGGUGCCAUCCUCGUUUACGACAUCACGGACGAAGACUCCUUUCAGAAGGUGAAGAACUGGGUGCGAGAGCUGCGCAAGAUGCUGGGUGGGGACGUCUGCCUCACCAUUGUGGGCAACAAGACGGACCUGGAGAAGCAACGAGCCGUGCCCGUGGCGGAGGCGGAGGCAUACGCGGCCUCGGUGGGUGCCACCCACCUGCAGACCUCAGCCAAGCUCAGCCGGGGCAUCGAGGAGCUCUUCCUGGACCUCAGCAAGCGGAUGAUCGAAGUGGCGGAGGCGAACGACGAGCAGCAUCGCAACAGCCUAGGCCGCGGAGGCAGCUCUCGACGUAACGUCGUCAUCGUGGACGACGAACCCGAACCGAAGAGGGGCUGCUGCGGCGGUUGACUGCCUCCGACCGAAGCUGCUGUAUUUUUUUCCUAGCUUUUCUUUUGGCAAACUGCGGUCCCUUUUCAAGGUCAUUUCUAAGUAUGUUUUUUUUUAUAUAUAUAUAUAUACAUAUAUAUACACAAACACACACACACAAACACACAUAUAUAGAGCCUAUACGUGUGCCGUUUCCUGCAGUACAUUCUUGAGAAUUAUCCUCGAGAUGAAAGGUCGUCUCACCGAAAA